UUAUUAUUAUUAUUUUUGCAGCCGGCAAUUGUGGAAAACCUUAACAAUAUGAUCGGUAGAUUCAGUUAUUGGUAUCGAGGAAAUGUCUCGGAGGACGCGGAUUGCGUGGCUUGUCGUCUAAUUAGUGGAAUUGGUCUGUUGGGCAUUGGGGCCUUUCUGUUCUCACAAUCGAAGCGUCCGCGUCCAAUCGAGAAAUAUACCAUGAAGGGCUUGGCUGCAGUUGUUGGAGCUUUAGGAGUGGCACGUCUGGCCGAUGCAAAUUUCCUAAAGGCUGACCUUGAGCCAAGCAGGCCGGCAAACACAAGCGAGUCGAGCAAAGGACGCUCUUAGAUUCAAGAGACUUACACAUUUACUCAAUAAAAUUAUUUAUGCAUAGCUAAGCAUCCCACGUGUAUUUUCAAUAAAAAAAAAAAUGUAAAAAACAAAAUAAAAAACAGAUUUAUACAUGAA